GUCGACUCUUCCUUCUGCUCGUGCGCUUCGCAACACUUGUUGCCCAGAUCGCUACAAAUAAUCAGCAUUGUCGCUGGUGAGUGAAGUUUGUCUGAAGUUAGGAAAGUAUAACAGCACAGAAUGUCCAAGCCCAAGCUCCAUUAUUUUAAUGGACGAGGAAAAAUGGAGUCUAUUCGCUGGCUUUUGACAGCUGCUGGUGUUGAGUUUGAGGAAGAAUACCUUGAGACCAGGGAACAGUAUGAAAAGCUACUGAAUGAUGGAGCUCUCCUGUAUGAGCAGGUACCUAUGGUUGAAAUUGAUGGAAUGAAAUUGGUCCAGACCAAUGCUAUUCUGAACUACAUUGCAGCAAAACACAAUCUUUAUGGAAGAGAUAUCCAAGAAAGAGCACUAAUUGACAUGUAUUCAGAGGGAGCCAGAGAUCUGAUGACACUGGUGAUGCGUCAUCCAUUUCUUCCUUCAGAACAAAAGGACAGUGACCUCACACUGAUAAAUAAUAAGGCCAAAAAUAGAUACUUCCCAGCAUUUGAAAAGGUUCUCAAGAGUAGUCACAGCGGAUAUCUGGUUGGUAACCAGCUCACCGUUGCUGAUCUUAACGUUCUUGAGGCAAUCUUGAUGAUUGAAGACAACGCACCCAAAAUUCUGUCAGAAUUCCCACAUCUGCAGAAAUUCAAGUUGAAAAUCAGCAAUAUCCCAAGAAUUCAGAAGUUCCUGCAACCGGGCAGUCCCAGAAAGCCACCACCAGAUGACCAUUAUGUUCAGGUUGCAAGAGAAGUUCUCAGAUUUUGAGAGGAAUGUCAUGAACUACACAUCUCAAAGCUGAGUUCCAAUUUUAAAGAUAAAGUGUCUUUAAUGUGAAAGUAAGAUUCCAAAGCGCUUCACAAUCAUUUUGCAUCAAAUAUUGUUCAAAUCAUCAUAAUUUUAACAUUUUAAAUAUCAGUCUGCAUUCAUAGCUGAUAAGUAUUUUUGAUUCCCUGAAUAAUUCUAUACUUAUGAUGUAGAAAAUUGCUUUUGAAGAAAUGUAUUUCUGAACUUCAGAUUAAAAUGUUGAAAAACAACUGUGUAAAUCAAGAGUAAAACCUAUAUACAAAGUUUGAAAA